AUGUGGCUACAACAAGACGGUGCACCACCACAUUUUACAACUGAGACCAAUAGUGGGAGUAUAACCAGCUCCCUUAGGCAGUUUCGUCGAAAAAAUGAGGACAAGCAACCUUUGCAAGACACACCAACAACAGUAGCUGAGAGUCAUGUAGCCAGGGUGCCACCUCAUAAUCAUUACCCUGCUCGACAACCUACUGAGUACCGAUUCCAGCAACAAUACCAAGAUUAUAAUUCGACACCAGGUAAAUUUCCCGAGGUCAUCGAUCCAAAUCAGUCGUUGCGGGAUCAUAUAUCAUCAUCGGUAAUUCAAAAGACCAAAGAUAAAGAAUAUAUGGAAAUGUGUAAUGUUCAGCAGCCACACAUGAAGCAGUCUUUCGACCACCUCAACGGUCAACCAUCAUAUCCUGAAUCCAACGUUCAUCCUCACAUACCAUCGCAUGCUCAGUACAUUCCCAAAGAAGCUCAGGUGCAUCCUGCAUAUAAAUCAGAAUCUCAAUAUUUUCAUAAAGACACUCAAUACCAACAACUUCCGCAUCAGAUGCAAAAAUAUAAUAUGCCGGCUCAAGUCCGAAAAUUUCCCCAAGGAAAUGAUUUUUUAUCGAAGUUGCGUCGCAUCCAUCCAACCAUGGCUCGGUCGAUAAUGAGUGAUCACCAUCUGCAAGAAUCGCAGACACCAUAUCAACCAAUGGAUCAAACCCGAAUAUAUUCCCCUCAGCAUCAGAGAUACAUGAACUACCCAUCGAUGCCAAAUAACCCCUAUCCUCCGGGGUAUAUGUCUUCUCAGUCUUACCCGAACUAUCCAGCUAGUUGUAGUUAUAACAGAUCUUCGCAGAUGGGCCAAAGGUUUUCGUCCAUCAAUUCCCAAGAAAGAAGUAUAUCACCCAGAAGAAGUUACACCGAAAGUAUGGCAAUGAAUAUGAACUAUGGGGCAAUGCCAUCCCAAAAAGUGUCCCCCAAUUACUCCCAUUAUGCUGCUCCUGAGUAUGCACAACACUACCAGCACCGUAGAGCCCCUAUAGGACAGGAUUAUUAUCAACAGCAGUGCAGACCAUCUCAAUAUCUACCACACCAAAUGGCUCCUCAAGACAUUUCAGAAAAUAGAGUAACAGUAUCCGACAGUAUAAAGCAAUAUAUAGAAAACUGGGCAGACGAAGAUACGGCGUCUGAGUUGGAAAGCAAUAGGCUCUGCAAAGAUGGUAUGAGAGUAAGAGAUGACCCGUCGACAGGGACUGUAUUUAUGAUAAGUCAAUCCGAAUUGCAAUACUUCGAAAAUGGAGUUCCUAUUGUUACUUCCGAGAGCACAAUACCUAUGGUUACUCCUGAGAACUGUCAGUAUAUUAUAAAAAGUGGAGUUUCAAUAGAUAAUACCUCUGGAACGGUCAGAUUAGUUGAUAACAAGAAUGACCAUAUCAUUGACCUUGGAGACAAUAAUGAAGAACGUGUUGUUAACCUCCAUAUAAUGGAUCCCCUAAAACAAGACUGCUUGCUUGCUAACAAACCAAAUGAAUCAAACCAAAGACAAACAACUAACGAACAUUUGUAUGAAAAUAUGACAGGAAAACCAAGAGUCGUAAUUCACCAAAAUACUGUAAUACAGUCAGGUUACCAAAACGUAUCUACGGAUAAUUCAUUUGGGAAUAUAACUAAUGAACAAGUUAAAGUGGGUAAUAGUUUACCAAUCAUUACUGAUACCAUUGAAGAAGAAUUGAACCAAAGUAUCAAAGAAUAUAAAAAAAUAACUGUGGACAAAAAUUGUUCACCCAUAACUUUGGACCAACUUGAAGAAUACAAGGAAUCUUCCCUUCAGUCAUCAGUAAUAUGUUCCAAUAAAAAUGUGGAAGACGAGUUUGUGAAAGAAAUUCAUAACAUCCAGGAAUGUAACACUGAACCAUCUACGAAGGAUGUACCAUUUUUUGAUGAGUUUUCCGUCAGCAUCAACUCAAAGGUUGAAGGUGAAAAUCGUAUUACAAUAAAAUCUGACAGAAGUAAAUUGGUAAACCCUAAAGAGGAACUUACAGUACAACCACAUAUUUCAGUUCCAGAGACAUCUAUCAACACCGAGUAUUCUGAUGAACUUUCCCAAAUUGAAAAACAAAACGAUAAUGAUGAGUUAUUAAACUCUGAUAAUAUCUGCUCUUUUACCGAUGGAAGUAGGGAUAUAAUUUGUGAAGAAAAGAGAUCUGCUGAAAAAUGCAGUGCUUCAGUUUGUGAAGAACAGAGGGAACCAGUUAACAGUGACGAUUCAUCCUUAUCUGUUCUUGGAAAAGAAGCUGUUAUUGAUGAAAUUAUGGAAGUUGAAGUCAAAACAUUCACUGAAGUUGGAGAAUUGACAGUAAAGAAUACUGAUAUAAAAAACAUCCUUCCUGUUAGCAAUGAGAAUCCUGAUAAAAGUGAAAAUAAUGUACUGAAUGGCAAUAAAGAGGGUAAAAUAUUCACAAAACAAUUUGAUACAGUUAUUGAAAAGUCAAAAAAUAAAAGGUCCAAAAGAAUUUUCUCAGUGGAUGAUAUCAUCAAUAACAUUGGCAAAAAUUUAAAGUCAAAUUCUGAAAAAGAUGUCCUUGAAAGAAGACAUAGUCUGCAUUCCACAAAAGAAUUUUUGGAUAGAGAAAUUGCUAAUACAUUAUUUGUACCAGAGUUUGAGAAAAAGCAUACAUUGAUUGAAAUUGGAAAGCAAAAUUUAUCAGAACAAUUACCAAAAGUUGAAAUGAAUGGAUAUAAAUUGAAGGAAACUGAGCCAGCUUUUUUGGAGAAAAUGGCCACUGAGAAAAGUAGUGAAGAAGUUGAUUUAAAAUACGAAUUUGUAGUACCCGACAAAACCAAACCAGAUGUUGAUGAAAAAAAAACUUGCGGCGAUUUAGUUAGUGAAGAUGGAAUUGAAGGGAAAAAAUACUUUGCAAACGAUGAGAACAGAAAGAGCAAUUCUCAAAAUUGUGAUGAAUUGCUCAGAAUUGAAGAAGUUGACACCAGCCAUAAAGAAAUUUUGGUGAAUACCAGUAAAACCAUCGGACCAAAUUCAAAUAUAUUUGAAAGUUUCAAUGAACUGAAGAAUAGUCAAUUUUUGAUGAAAAAAUACAUUGAUACAAAUGAAAACAAGGUAUUGGAAACCUCUUCAAAUACAGUGGAAACUUCUUCACAAACGUGUUUUCAAGAUGAUCGAGACAUAAUUAUUGACGAUUCCAUUAACCAAACCGUAGAUUCUAUUCAGGAAGCUAGUGUUCAGCUAAUAGAACAGAAAAAAGUCAAUUCUGGAUCAGAUCAAAGUGAAAUUCAAUAUCGAAGUGUUAUAAAAGUAGAAGAAUCUUGUGUACUCUUGCAAAUAGCGGGAGAAUUGGUUGAAGUUAAUGUCAACAUUGUAAAUGGUAAAAAUGUUAUAACAGUGGUUCCAUUAUCUGAUACUGCUAUUUUGGAUUUGAAUGAGAACUAUGAAACUGUAAUCAAUCCUGAAACAAUUGACCCUUUACACAUUGAUGAUAUAAUAAUGGAAAGUAAUGAUGGUUUGACUGAAACUGUAGAAUAUCAGACAGAUAAGCCAGAAAUUGUUGAAACUACUAGCGAAAUCAUAAUUGGAAUGGAUUUAAGUUUGGAAGAAGAAAUACAGUUAGACUUAGCCCAACCCCCUAUGAUGUGCACCAAAGCUUCGAAGAAGGCAUAUGACAGUGAUUUGCAAAUUCCUUCCAUUACAACUAGUGAAGACAUUCAUGACAACAAUAAACUUGAAGUAUUCCUCAACAAUGAUAAAGUCAGCUCUAGUAAAGAACAUGUGAACAGAAAUAAGAAACAUGAAAGGCUUAUUGAUUCUUCCAAAAAACAAAAAUACCAACGUUCAAUAGAUUCAACUGACAAAAAAAUAUCUCAAAAUAAAUCUCGAAAUCAGAUAAAAUCUAAACAACGGAAAACUCCAGAAGAAGAUGAAUUUGUUCCGUUCAAGGAUUUAAUUUUAGCUAGAAAAUUGAAAAAAUUGAAACAACAAAAAAAUAAAAAUAAUGAAGACGGUACAGUGGACUCUACUAUGAAAACUGACGAUCUUAGCAAGGAUACCACUGAAUUUACAAAGAUGGAUAUUGUGAAAAAAGGUGAAUCUGAAGAGGAAACUCCUAGUGUAAAGGAAGAGAUUCGGAAAAGUCCUAAAAAGCUGCUUUCAAGUGAAAUUAACUUUAAAUUUAUAGAAAAAGAAAAAUUUUCUGAGAUUAAUGAUCAGAAUAAGGUAAUGUGUUGUCAAACACUUGAUGGAAAUAGAGGAGCUAUAGAAAAACAGAUUGAAAAGGCUGCUUCAUGUAAAAAAAUAUUUGACAAUGAAGAUAAAACUACAAAAGGGAGUUCCAACUCAAAAGAGGUUACACCAAAAGAAAUAACAAAUUAUAAACUGGAAGAUCCUAGACUCAAGAGUAGAUCUAAUAGUUGCUCUUCGAAAUAUUCGGAUGGUAAAAGGAAGUUGAGCCUGGAGGAGUACAACAAACGUAAACGAAAACUUUCGGGUAGUAUGGAGGUAAAAAGCGAAAUUGAGGCUGAAAUGACACCUAGCGAAAGAAAUAACUCUAAAAAUGAAUCAAGUCUAAAUAUUUCAUCUGUCAGGGUUGUUCCAGAAAAAAUACAGUUUCAAAGACCUAAAUCUUUAGAUGAUUUAAACUCACUUAAGGCAAAAGAAAGCAAAAGCAUCAAAAGAAAACUGAGUCUGCAGUCUUCUCCUGUUAAGCAAAACUAUUUCGAUUGGGAAGAAACCCAGUCACCAAAAUUUAAUUUUUAUCAGAAUAAUCUUGACAAAAAAUUUUGUGAAUUCAGUGGCCUUAUUGGUGAUAAUGGAAAAGACAAAUCAAAAAAUGAAACACAAAGAAAAUCAAAUUGUGAAGCACGUGGGGAUGAAAUAUUGCAAAAUUAUAAAGAGCAAGUGGACUUUAAACUAAGUUCUUUGAAAUUUGAAAUUCCUAGGGUUGUGAAACCUGUUGAGCAAGCACCCAGAAAUCCAUUUUCCAAAUCUGAAUCAUGUAGUUUAAUGCAGCGAUUCUUGAAAGAUGAAAAACUCACUUCUGAAGAAAUGGAAAAGAUUUGUAAAAUUAUUUCUUAUAAACGUAUGGUGCAAAAGUUGAAAAACACCAAAUUUUCUGAACCACCAGUCUCUGAAGAAAACCUCACCUAUGAAGUUCAUAAAGAAUCAGGAGAUCGAAACACAAAAUUACAUUUGAAAAAAGUGUCUGAAAGAAAAAGAAAAAAUCGCUUUCGAAAUCUACACUGUCGGUCAAAUUCAGAAGAUGAAAUAAGUGACAAUAAAAAAAGUGAUUAUUCUGUAGUUCAAUCAGAUUGUUUGGCAGGUGUUGUGCCUAAACUUAUAAUUAAAAGAAAAACGGAAAUGCCUUUACCGGUUGUGAGAUUAGAAAGGCUAGACCUCGGUUUACUUGCUAAUAAGAGAGUCAGAUAUGUUAUUUGAAUUUUUGUUUCAAAGUGAUAUAAUAGGGACCAAGUAACCAAAGUCUGUUGAUAAUUUAGUUUCUAUGAAUAGUUGUUUUCAUAAACUUCGUUAUAUUUAAUUUAUUUCUUCAUUUGUUUAUAUAGGUAUUGAAUAAGUAGAAAGAUAAAUCACUUUUGCAUUAAAAGAUUGCAAUUCAGUAAAUAAUGGUGAGCUAUUAAUCAAAACUUCAUUUUUAUGUAGCAGAUAAAAUGACUAUAUAUGAAUAUUUAUCUUUCUACUUAUCCUCGAUCCAUAAAUCUUUAUGAAUUGUUAUUUUUUCCAAAUAAUAUCCUAACAAAAUUGUACGACUUUCAUAUUUAAAAGUGUUCCUAUGAUAUUAAUUGAAAAUGAGGUCGACAAUACCGCCUUAUUUAUUGUACAUUGUAUUCCAAUUUAUCAUUCCAUAUACAUAAAAUCAACUGUUGAUGUUAAAUAUUGAUUUAAUAUAUAUUCAGAGUUUAAACGUUUAGAAACAAUGACUGACUUAAAAUGAGUGGUGUGUUUUAAUAUGAAUUUCAGUGUGAAUUUGUGACUUUUUCAAUUUAUCACAUUAGGUAUGUUUGUAAAUUUUAAUCCAGUAUCCAACGAGGCCUAUUUCUGAAAUAUAAAAUUAUUUAUCUGAAAUUCAUUAGAAUUUCAGACAGAUCAUAACUAUUUUGAAAUGAAGUGACGGGAGAAAAAUAUUCUUCUGUUUAUUGAAAUUCACUGUUAUACUUAUUUGGUUGAUUUCCUAAGAAUAAGUUACACCAGCAACAUUUUUUAAGUCCAGCAACAAAGAUCAGACAAUACCUCCCCUAAGGCUUUCUGUGCGUUGAGCCCAAAUUGAGCUUAAAUUUUCUUUAUCAUAAACCCAGAGUCGAGGCCUCUUCUGAGAUUUGAGUAUAUACCAAAAUGAAAUAAUAUAUCUAGAAAUCCCGGUUAUAGGUUGGAACCCGCUGGAGAGCGAAUCAGGUCUUAAGAGUUCGAGUGAGAAUAGGUGUGAGCCACUAUAAACCCUUGCGGGUUGCGGUGGAGGGUCGAAUAAACCCACUCACUUUGGACCUAACCUAACCUUACCUAUUGGUUGGAAUAUCACAAACCUGAUGUGAGAUCAGAAUCGGAUUCAUAGCGAGAAACCUUUGGAAAAGUAUAGCAUGGGUUUUGAAAAAUAUUAAGCCUGUGUUAUUAAUAACAGUUUGAUGAAAUAUGUUUAAGAAUAUUCUCCAGUGUUGCAAAUGUAUAAAAAUGAAAAGACGGAUUCAUGAAAUCAACCAAACCUAAAAUCAAUUCGACUCUGCUUCAGAUAUGUAACUUAUCAAAAACGGCCUUCCUGCAAAUAUUCUAAGAUAUAUUUUUAGGAUAAGCCCACUCCUCUCAAAUUAUUUCAACAGCUAACAGAAGACAAAUUUUCAAAGCCUUGAACCACCAGUCUCUGAAGAAACCCCCACUUAUGUAGUUCAUAAGGAAUCUGGAAACCAAAAAACAAAAUUACACUUUCAAAAGCUUAUAAAAAAAAAACGAGAAAUCGCUUUCAAAAUCUGCACUGUCAGUCAAAUUCAGAAGAUGAAAUAAGUGACAUCAAAAAAAGUAAUUAUUCCGAAGUGCAAUCAGAUUGUUUGGUAGGUGUUGUGCCCAAGUUAAAAAUGGAAAUGCCUUUACCGGUUGUGAAAUUCUGGAUAUCGUUGGUUGGUAUUUCUCUAUAAUAUUAUAAUAUACCACCUCUAUCAUAUAAACUCAUGAAAAAUUAAAGUUACUUAGUUUUUUCCUACUUUUGAAAUUCGAUAAACCGACCUUUGUCAAGAAGAUCAUAUACAGUCCCAAACUAGAUACGACUAAGUAUUGACUUAGUUGUGUUUUUUUCAGGCUGAGUGAUUUAUAAAUUGAGUUGCUCUUUAUGAAUCCACUUUGCUCGGCCUCGUUUUGGUAAGAAAGCAACAUUUUUUUAUUAAUUGAAAUAUUUAUUGAGUUUGAUUUAUUUUAUUGUGAAAUUCAUCCAACCAAAAAAUCACAAUAUCCAGGGUUGGAAUAUGUUUUUGGAAAAAAGCUAGAUUUUUUCACUUAGUCGAUAUGAUAAACGUAUCUUCAUUUGGGUAUCUUCAGAAUAAAAUUGUUUUGGAAUUUAUUCUCAGCCAUUCAAUUUUAUUGUUACAAUUGUACAUAAUCAGAUUGUUGAUAGGAUGUAUCAUAAAAAAAACGUGUAUUUCUAUAUUCAAUGCAUUUCAUUUAUGAUUUCUUUCUUUACCGAUUUAAUAUACCACUUUUGUAUGAAAAUAUCUAAAUUUGAGUAAGAUGUUUCCUACUUCGUCUGUAACUAUUUCUAUUAAAAUGUUACUUUAGGAGUUUUAUAUUUAGUACGAAUUUGGGAGGUGUGUACCUAUUCAUAGGGUCGAAUAAGUUUAAUGUUAAAGUCAAACUUUUCUAUCCCAAAUAUUAUGAUAUGUCAACAAAAUAUAUUCAGAGUUCAAUGACAAAACUAUGGUGAUACUCGAUUUAUUCAAUUUUAUAAUUCUACUGGUUUUACACCAUCGAAACAAUUAAUAUAAGUUAUAAUAUCAUCGAUAGAUUUGAUGGAAACAAAAUGAAAUAUAAGUAUAGUUACACUUGAAGGAUAAUAUUAUCCAAAAAUGUACCUUUGUUUUCUGUUCAAAAGUUUUUUUUAUGAUAAGAAUGAUAUUUUUUGUAGUUACCAUAAAGUGCACUGUAUUCAAAACUAGACCAGAAUGUGCCACAUUUGAUAUUUUGGUCCUCUUAAACGGUAAUAAUUAUUUAUAAAAAUUGAAAUUAGAAAUGAUACUGCCUGAGUGUAAACGUUUCUAGAAAUUGAAAGGGGUAUGAUUAUAUCAUUUAUAAUCAGCAAAAUCACAAUGAUAUUUUGAGUACAUUGAUCAACAAACGAUUUAUGAAAAAUAAGCUCCUUUUGAUAGAGAAUUUGACUACAUUUUUUACCCAAAAUGAUCGAAAUAUUUUUGACUUAUGUCCUAAAAACUGAUAACUACAAAUUUGUAAAAUGGAAUGUAGUAAUUUAAUACUCGGUUUAUUCAGAUAAAAACUUCAUUAUUUCAUACUUGUAAGUUUUGGAUGUGGAAAUAUAAAACGUGGUAUAUUCUGUAAUAUGUUAGAUCGUGCAAGUUACAUAUGUUAGUUGAUAUGAGUGCCUUAGCACCAAUAAUGACUGUUAUUUUUGUACCAAUUUACUGGUAAUUUGUAUAUUUGGCACUGUGUUAUAAAAAAAAGUUUAAAAA